AUGUCUUUCAGUGAGAGUAAGCCAUGGUCAAGUGAUCAUCGUAAAAUUGGUUGCGAUCAAGAGCUUUUCUUCUUUCAUCCACUAUCGCCUGGCUCCGCUUUUUGGUAUCCAAAAGGAGCUCAUAUUUACAAUAAACUAGUACACUUCUUCAGGAAAGAGUAUAGAAGACGGGGAUUUAGUGAGGUCAUCACACCGAACAUAUACAAUUGCAAAUUAUGGCAGAUCUCUGGGCACUGGGACCACUACUGUGACAAUAUAUUCGCAAUUGAUGACGAGCUCUUCGGAUUGAAACCGAUGAAUUGUCCUGGACACUGUCUUAUGUAUAGUCAUGAACCGCGUACUUACAAAGAUCUGCCAUUAAGAUAUGCAGAUUUUGGGGUGUUGCACAGCAGAAAUGAGAUGUCUGGUUCAAUGAGCGGACUGACCCGCGUGCGACGCUUCCAGCAGGACGAUGCCCACAUAUUCUGCCGAAGAGACCAGAUUGGAGAAGAAAUAACGGCAUGCCUGGAUUUCCUUUCAUUCUGUUAUGAGAAAGUGUUUCGGUUUACGUUCAAGCUCAAUCUAUCAACUCGUCCGGUACAUUUCAUGGGCGAAGUAGAGACAUGGGAUGAAGCUGAAGAAAUACUUAAAAAAGCUUUAAACGAAUCAGGCAAAGAAUGGGAACUUAGGAAAGGAGAUGGAGCUUUUUACGGGCCCAAGAUUGAUAUUACCAUUGAAGAUGCAUUGAAACGCAACCAUCAGUGCGCUACCAUACAGCUAGAUUUCCAGCUACCUCAACGAUUUGAUCUUAGUUAUCACAGGUAUCUCCCAAAUCUCGAAGCUAUUCUUGCAAAAGUAAUUGCAGUACAAGAAUCUGUUAAAUCCUAUGCUGUUGAAGUAAAACACGAACUUCAUGCUCAUGGAUUUGAGGCGGAAGUUGAUGAGCGAUGCUCGGAUACUUUCAAUAGACAGAUCCGCAAGGCAAUAGAAGCCCAGUUCAACUUCAUCCUUGUAGUUGGAGAGAAUGAAAUGAAAAAUGGCACAGUCAACGUCCGUUCAAGAAAUAAUAGGCGCUUUGGUGAGGUGCACUUGGAUAAACUGAUCUCUGCCUUUCGACAGUUUGAUUCUGAAUAUAGCAAGGACGAUGAGAACUUUACGUUGAAUGUUUAA